CUUGCACGUUUCCAUCUAUAUCCUCGACUGAGCUAUCAAGAAAUGUCUGAGAAAUUACCUACGAACUCAGUCAUACAGUGUCUAUCUAUUUCGUUGAGCAAAGAAAUCCUGGGGGAUAAGGUUUUGAGUUUGAGGAGAAGAUGUACGUCACUAGGCCUCUUUCUCAGCUGCUAAAAUUCCCCGAAUCUCUUGCAGCGCCUCCUGAGGGUCCGAAUUCUGGAUUCCUGGUAAUCCAGGAUCAAGAAUCCGAGACAUACUCGUGUUUCGGGUGCUGCAAGAACCGGACCCUUAAGGAUUUGCCUUUCCCUCAGAACAAGGAGUUGACUGUCAAAUACACAACAAGCUCAGGAGAUAGCACCCAUGUUUCCCUCGAUCCAGUUUUCUUAAUCCCCGUUCUCAAUCAGCCAUUGUCGUCUAAUCGCUACUACGCUAUUGUUCCACACCGGAAGCACAAAGGGGAAGCAUUCACCUGCUCCAGGGAAGAAGAUAAGGCCACCUGCUGUUUCUGUCGUUGCGUUAAAGACGUAAAACCAAGGCUGUUAGACCCUCACAAUAUAUAUCAGCAACUUGAGAUAGUUCCAUACGAAGCACUCUGCAGCACAAGGGGGAGCUUCUUUGCCAAAUCUGUAGCACCAGAUGGUUUCCCCCCUUACUUCUUCCGACGAAAAGGGUGGACGAUCUACACCAAGACUCCUGACAAUUUCAGUCUAGAUACAGCACAAGGGCUCGACUUCAACCUUCGUGCUCGUUGUCCAGGAUUUGACUUCCCUCCAUCACAAGAAAGUUCAGAAACGUUAGUCGUGGGAAAAUGGUAUUGUCCCUUCAUGUUUGUCAAGGAGGGAACGGUAAGAGAUCAGGUGAAAAGAUCAAUGUACUAUGAGAUGACAAUGGAGCAAAGAUGGGAGCGGAUUUUCGCUUGUCAGAAGAAUACUUAUGGCAAUCAGGGGAAUUCUGUGGUGAUUGAUGCUUUAGUCGAUAACGAAGAAGUGUUUGUUGGUGGGAGCAAAGCUGUGUGGAACGAAAGAAGUGCGCAAGAUGGGGUGAUCUGGUUUACGAGCUAUGGACUGGGGGGAGAGCAAAUGAGUGUGGGAUUGAGAGUUGAAGUAAUCGAAAGAAUGAAGUGGGAGCAAGCCAGAGGUGGUUGGGUGGGCGGGGGAGAAAGGCAAGCAAGGAUUAAUAAAGUUGAGGAAUUGAAAGAAGGCGCUGAAUGGAGUGAGUUUGGAUGCUAUGUUUUGGUUGAGAGGUUCAAUAUGAAGAGAAUAGAUGGAAGUUUGUUAUUGUCUUACGAUUUUAAACACUUUCAUCAGAUGAAGACCAAAUGGGGAUAGAUCAAUGCUUAGUUUUGUUUCUUAUAAGCUUUUGCCUGUUUGUAUGUGGAGUUUUGCUUUGUCGUGUUGGUUUUUUUUUUCUCUUCCUAAGUUUGAUGAUUAUGUAAUUGAGUGAAUCAGUUUUCAUUUGACAUAAACAAAGUAUAUGUUUUAAUGUUUUACAGACUC